AUGACCCCUGAGGAGGCAGCUGAGUGCUAUGUCGCUCUCAAGGCUGUCAUGCUGGAUAAAAAGAAGGACACUAGGAGAUCGGAUAAGGAUAGGGAGCUCGUACAUUCCCUGUUGGAGCCAUUGGAACCUAAAAUUUUCUUCAAGUUUGUGCGUGGGUGUAUCAGCAAGAGACAAUUCAGAUGGUAUGAGAAGCAGUUGAGAGCAGCACUGUCGACGAUGUUGAGGGAAGGUGUAUGUGAUUAUGAGGACUUCAACGACGUCGUGGGUAUUCUGCGUAACCCUAGUGCUCGGGGAAAUCCUGUCGAGGAGAAUAAGAAGUGGAGAAAGGUUGCUGGUGAGGAGGAUAUUUUGUCUACUGACGCUUCCUCGUGUGGUGAUGAGGAGACAGGAGUUGAUAAUGAUGGAGUAGACCAUUUGGCGCCGCAUUUAUCUGAACUUGGUCGAGAAGCGACCUAUCUUCGUCCGGCACGUACUAUCCAGCUCAUACGGGAUCUGCAGGAGCUACACCUCCUACCUACGCUGAUCUUCAACUUCGACCGACACGACAUUAUGGCGAUGGUGAAAAGAUGCACUCAGUACCUCGCUAAGCAACAGUAUGCCAAGUAUCACGGUAGCGAGGAGAGAGACCAUCGAACUAAGAUGGAGAAUAAACGCCGAAUGGAGGUCUACAAGAAGAAGGUCGAACAGGUGAAAGUGAUGGAAAGGAUGAAAGCGAAUGAUGAGGAUUUCGAUCAAACGGUGUUGGACGAGUUGGUGCCGAAGCCUAUCCCCGUUGAGGAAGAGUAUGAUCCUGAGUUUUACUUCUGCGGUGUGAAGGCUAUGAGCGAUCCCGAUGUUGAGGAACUUAUCAAGAAAUUGGAGAGAAAGUAG